AUGUUCAAGCGUGCGGGCAAAGGCCGUACCAGAGAGGCCAUCAGAUGGCGUUUGCAACAGUAUGGUCGCGUCAAACAAUUUGAAGAGCACGGAAUCUCAUGCAUGAAUCUCUCCCCGGCCUUCGAGAGGGAGAUUGCAGCACAGACGGCCCAGAGUCUCUUAGGGCCCAGUCCUGCAGCAGCCAGUGAGACUGGUGCUGCGAAUGUUCGACCGAAGAUGCGCGAGGCGAGUCUGAUAGAAGCGGCAAAUAGCGAAGAAGCGCGCUGCCUCACACGAUAUCGAGACCCGCGCACGGAAAAGGCAUCCAAAGACACCCGCGGGUCGCGAACGGGGUACAAAGACAAGUCCAUGGAAGAUAGUGGAGGAAGAGGAGCGGGCCGACGACAGGUCGGUGGCUCAGGACGCUCUGGUGGCGAGGAGCUCUGCAAGAUCCGCGGGUGGCUCACCGCGAGCCCAACGAAUGCCGGCGCUAGUCGCACUAUUUCCCCAGCCGAGUCCCCCAACGCUGCCGACGCUCCGCGUAGCCCUCGACGCGUCGCAGCAACAACACACACACCAAUCAUCGCCUAUCUUGAGAAGAGGCUCGAGGAUGCAGUCCGCCAGUCACAGCUAGAACAGGCCGGUAACAAUACCCUACGCAAAGAAAACGAAGGACUGCGCCGCCGCAUCGGGAAGCUCACGACUCCCAGCAAUGCUGCACUGCGCCAAGCGGCUAGUGAUCUCGAGUUGGAACGGGCAAAACUCGUUUCGGAGAAGCUGACGAUUAACUCGCGUCAUCAAGAUGCUAUACGAUGCUUAGAGCAACUUCUUGAAGCCAAGGCAAAGCAUAUCGGACAGCUACAAUGCCUUCUCAACACCCUAAGAGGCCCUCAGCUGGUCUCCAGAUCUCAAGGCUACCCGAUCGAAUACGAUACUGGUUCUCUGCGUGCCGACUGGUGUCAGAAUGUUGCUCGGCUUGCAUCUGACUGCCCAACAUACGACAUGACAAGAUCCCUUCGCGCUGAAGAGCAGGUACCCGUCAAGCUUGAGGCUGCCAUGCGUGCUGUUACUGGACUUUCCAUGGCACAAACCGGGAACCUGACGCUCGCUGAGUGCUUCACUAAAACCACGGCCAUGCCUACUGAUGUCAAUAUCCAGAUCGCCUGUUUCAUGACUCAUGCUCUACGAUGGUGUUUCAAUACAGCGUUCCAUACCAGGGGGCUGAAGUCGGAGAAGUUGCACGAAAUGUGGCAGUCGAUUGCGUCACUCAAUGGACUCAAAUGUGUACGAGAACUAGACACCAUGGCUACCCUAGAUAAGAUCGGCAAUGAGUACUUUCGCAAGCACCAAACACCGACGAAGGCCAAAAGUCAGAUGGCAAUCUUCAUCAAAGAGUGCCGCAGCUUCACUCCUUGGCUCGAUAGUGCGAAAUUGCGUCCGAUGCUCGAUACGUGGCUUCAGUCAACCAUGGAGAUGAAGUUGGAACUUCUCGUGUCAAGCCAACACCACAAACUCGCCUUCCCGCCACCUGGCGCCCCUUACGACAAGGACACCAUGGAAGGUCAAACCGAGGACGGAAACAGACAGGGCCCCAAGGACAUUCCAGCCGACUAUCGAGUCAAAAUCUGCGUCUGUCCCGCGCUUUAUACGUGCGUCUCGGAAUCAGACCUACCAGACUGUGACGACCCUUUCUUCAAGGCGGAGAAUUACAAAGAUGCUUUGCUCGAGAAUAGAGACUUCUUCGCUGAAGAGCCGGGCAAGUACCAGGGUUGGGAAGGAGCUGUCUUAGUAUCGCGGGCUAUCGUCUUCGUCGAGAAGUGCCCUCAACAAUCUCAGCUCGUGCCAGAGCAGAUUCAACCAAGGCAGACUCUCCGGAUCCGACUAACCCCAAGCUUGGCAGAAGAUACCCAGGACGUGGCUGAAGGUGGCGAGGAUGGCAUGAGCAGUGAGGACGACGUCAAACAGUGA